UGGAUCCCCCACAGCUGGAAUUGCUUUUUUGGGGGCAUGAAUUGAUAGUGACUCUGCUUGACGCUUUUCAGUUUAAUACAAAACGUCGAUGUGCGCGGUUGUUGGCGUGGCUGACAAGAAACUUAGUGACAUACGUACAUAUGUAUGUAUGGAUAUAUAGAAGUGAAUAUCAAGACAACAAUGUAAAGAACCGGUUGAAGACGCGCACGAAUACUAAAUUAUAAAAGCUGAAUACUCAGUUUGAUUUUAAAAAUACCGGCUGCUGAUAAGUGUAAUUAGUGAGAAGAAGAGUGGUCAAAAGAAAUUAAAAUAAAAACAAAAUAUUAAAAAGCAUUUGGUUGAGCGCCACGUUCAUAACUGAAAAAAAAAAGAAAUAAAAAAAAUAAAAGUGAUAGAAUUAAAGAAAAAAGCACACGAAGAAGAGGGGUGAAGUGUAGUGUAGUGAAGGAAAAGAUAAGGAAAACCUUAAAUACAUAUAUACUUAAGAUAACAAAUCAAGUGUUGAGAAAUCGAAGUAAUGAAGAGUUAAGCAAGCAGUUGACCAGUUGAUACAUACAUACAUACAUAUAAAUAUACAAACAAAGAAUUAAAAGGAUUGGAAGUGUAUUUUAAAGCAAAUUCCACUAUGAAGUCAACAAAAACACACAAACUACCAACGCUACCGCGGAGAACUCAACAAAUGGGCGGCGGCAUUUGCGUCGCCUUCGCCCUGCUGCUCUGCAUACCACCAUUAGUCAACGCCUACAAUGCGAAUCUUCAUCAACGCGAUGGUAUGCAUGUGCCCUGUACUUUCUUCGACACCGUUAACGUCACAGGCGAUCCACACUUCCCCAAUGGUUCUUACCUACACGACGGACUCUUGAUACCAUCUGAUCUGGUCGGUACAUAUGAUUAUAUUUACACAGAUAUGGUGCGACGCGUGGAGGUGGAGCCACAUAUGCGCGCUUGUGUGUGUAAAUUGAAACCCUGUAUAAAUAUCUGUUGUCCUUGGGGUGAGAGUUAUAGCACCAAUGAGAGCGCAUGCGUGAAUGAUACGGAAUAUGAAUGGCCACAACCGAUGUUGAAUUUGACCAUGCCGGGUGAAAGCUUGAAAACGGUGAACAUGUUUCGACAAUUUGCGGUGCAGAAUUUCCGUCCGUGCGAAUUUAUGUUUUCGCUGCAGCCGGAAUUGGGUUCCUUUGACGAUUGGAAGUUAUUUGACAAUGGCACUUUACUUCGCGUGUAUGAUAUGGUCUAUCUUAACAAAAAUGAAUUCUGCUUUCAUCCGACGGUGGCGAAUGCAACAACAGAUACCAUAUAUAUAAUCAAUCCGGCUAACUGUAAUUAUGAUACGGAUUAUAGCACGAUUAAGACUAUAAAUGCAUAUGCCAUGUUAUUCUCCAUUCCAUUCAUGAUACUCACCAUUGUCGUUUAUCUGAGCAUACCGGAGCUGCGUAAUCAACAUGGAAAGUCUUUGGUUUGCUAUUUGAUUGGUCUCAUCAUUGGUUAUUCGUUACUCGCUAUGAGUUCGCUACAAUUGGAUGCCUACUCUAGUCUGGUAUUCUGUAAGUCACUUGGUUAUGUCGCCUAUUACGCCUUCAUGGCUGCCUUCUUUUGGCUGAGCGUGAUCAGUUUCGAUUUAUGGCAUAAUUUCCGUGGCACGCGUGGCAUUAAUCGCUUUCAGGAGAAGAAACGCUUUCUCAUAUAUUCUCUGUAUGCCUGGGGUAUACCAGUGCCCUUUCUGGUCUUCACUUGGUAUGCGCAGGAGGUAGCGGAUAUACCGGAUUAUUUUAAACCCGGCAUCGGUGGUGGCGAGUACUGUUGGUUGGACAUGCGCACUUGGUCAGCGAUGAUAUACUUCUUCGGACCCAUUGUUCUAAUAAUUAUGGCUAAUAGUGUUAUGUUCGUCUUGACCGCCAUGAAGAUACAUAAAGUUCAACGAGAAAUGGCACGAAUUAUGGCACGCGAGGAUAGCACAAAGAAUUUACGUACAGAGAAAGAUAAAUUCGGUCUAUUUCUACGCCUCUUCAUGGUCAUGGGCGUCACAUGGUCUAUGGAGAUUUUCUCAUAUUUCGUCGGAGCUGACAGGGGUUGGGCAAAGAUCUUCUACAUAUCGGAUAUAUGCAAUGCCAUACAAGGAUUCCUUAUAUUCAUGCUAUUCGUAAUGAAGAAGAAGGUCAAGCAUUUAAUAACGAAUCGCCUACUCAAGCGCCGGCCGCCGGGUACAAGUCACACAAACUCCACCAGCUCGACGAAUUACGAUUAUAGUCAAAAUCCCAAUAAAUACGCAAUGAAAAUGAUAUCAUCAGCGCAUGCGCCGCAUGGCAAUGGGCGAUUCUAGCGAAGAGCUAUUCGUCUACACGUGACAGCAGCAACCAGCGCCAGAGUCAAUACUCAACAAAGACAACGUCCAGCAGUGUUGGCAAUUUAACGCUCUCGGCUGCAGGUCCUGCUGAGAGGCCGCUAAUGAUGCCGAACGAACGAACCACAAGAAAUUAAAUGAACAAAUGAUAUGGGGAGGAAAUUAAAUAAUGAGAUAAAAUAAAUAAAUGAAAUUUAAAGAAAAUGCUUUCAAAUUUACAAAUAACAAGUAUUUUGAAAAAGAAAACGGGAAAAGAACAGUUUGAGUUGAACAAAUAAUUAUAAAGUUGAAAUGCAUGUGAACAAAAAAUGGGAGCGGAGUAUACAGAAAUGUUUGGGCUACCAAGAGGACAAAAAAAAAUCACAAAAUAUUGAGAAUAUUUAUAAACAUAAGAAUCAUAUACGUAACGAGUAUGCGGCCUUAGUUUUUCAUUGAUUAAAAAUAAUAUACUACACUUAUAGAUAUAUAAUAUAAAAUAUAUAUAUAUAUAUAUAUAUAUAUAUAUAUAUAUAUAUAUGAAUUAAAUAUAUUGUGAAUGUGUCAUAUUGUUGUUGUACUUCAUUAAAAGUAAAUGUUAAGCUUGUUAGUAUUAAGUAUUUUAAGUAUUAAAUUUAAUUUGAAGUUGUACUUAUCUAUGUGUAAAAAUUUAUAAAAGACAUAAAUACACACACACACACACACACGCAUUCAUGCAUAUAAUGCUAGGAAUUUGAAAUCGGUUGGUGUUUAUAAAAAGUA